AUGACAUCUAAAAAUUCGACUUCACCAUCGGUGGGAUCAACCUCCAUCGGUGCUCAUAAACGGAACUCAGAUGAUAUUGGUUGGGAAUAUGGUUUUUGCCCGGAUAAAAACAAGAUGGAUACAGUGAAAUGUAACUUGUGUGGAAAAGUGUUUACCGGGGGGGUUACUAGAUUGAAACAACAUAUUGGUCAUGUGAUGGGAAAUGUUAGUCGAUGUCCAAACUCUACAAAAGAUGAUCAAUUGAAAAUGCGAAAUUUUCUCAACGAAGGGAAAAUAAAAAAGAAAGCUAAACACGCACAUGACGAGGCCUUAAGAGCGGAAGCAGCACAAGUGUUAAAUGAUAGUGUUGAAAUGGAUGAAGUAGAAGAUUCUUUGGGGUUGAAAGCACCAAAUAUUAUAGGACCCAUGGAUGGAUAUGCAAACAAAAUAAACCCCGAAAUUAUGAAGGGAAAGGGAAAAAAAGUUGAUCUUAACGAUGUUGUUCGGAAAGAAAGAAUUUUAGCGUGUCAUAAUUUCAUUAGUAGGUGGGCAUAUAAAACUGCAAUUCCUUUUCAUGCAUUGGAAGAUGAUAGCUUCAAAAUGAUGUUGGAGGUUGUUGGACAAUUUGGAACAGGGCUCCCACCUCCUACCAGGUAUUCUUUGAGUGACCCACUCCUAAAGCAUGAGGUUGAAAGAACAAAAAAAUUGUUGAAAAAAAAUGAAGAAGAAUGGAAAGAGAUUGGAUGCUCGAUCAUGACGGAUGCUUGGUCCGAUAGAAAGAGAAGGAGCAUUAUGAAUUUAUGUGUAAAUUCAAAAAUGGUUGGUCCCGAUCAUGUUGUUCAAGUUGUAACCGAUAAUGCCACGGAUAACAUGGGAGCUGCAAAGUUACUACAAGAGAAAAGACCAACUAUUUUUUGGACAUCAUGUGCGACACACACAAUUAACCUUAUGCUCGAAGGUAUCGGUGGACUUCCAAGGUUUAAGAAAGUCUUAGAUCAAGCAAAGAAAUUAACCAUCUUUAUUUAUGCUCACCACAAAACCUUGGCAAUGAUGAGAAACCACACCAAGAAAAGGGAAAUUAUCCGACCGGGAGUCACGAGAUUUGCUUCCGCCUUUCUAACAUUACAAAGUUUAUCCGAAAAGAAGGAGCAACUAAAAAAUAUGUUCUCUAGUAACGAGUGGGAGGAAUGCAAAUUUUCCAGUACCCCUAAAGGAAGAGCCUCAUAUAGAAUGGUGACAAGUCUCCAAUUUUGGGCCGGUGUGACACAAUGUUUAAAAGUGUUUUCUCCUUUGGUGAAAGUCCUUCGAAUGGUUGAUGUGGAUUGGAAGCCCUCAAUGGGGUUUGUUUAUGGUGAGCUUAAAGUAGCAAAAGAAGAAAUUAUGAAAGCUUUGGGUGGCAACGAGAAAGCUUACAAGCCUAUUAUAGAUAUCAUAAACAACAAGAUGAAAGGUAGGCUAGAUUCAAAAUUACAUUUGACGACCUAUCUUUUGAAUCCUUAUUACCAUUAUAAUGAUUCCCAACUCCAAUAUGAUCCCGACGUAAUGGAUGUGGUUCUUGAAUUUUUUGAUACAUUACUUUUUGGAGAUUUUGAGAUGCAAAGACAAGUCGUGAUGAUUGAUUUGCCAAAAUACAAGGAAAAAGUUGAUAGAUUUGGAGCAGAUCUUGCAAUUAAAGGUUGUAUGGUGAACAAUGCCGACUUUGAUCCGGCAAGAUGGUGGGGACUUUUUGGCGGCUCAACUCCUCAUUUGAAAAAAAUUGCAAUGAGGAUUCUUUCUUUAACUAGUAGCUCAUCGGGCUGUGAAAGAAAUUGGAGCACGUUUGAAGCGGUACAUACGAAGAAACGAAAUAGAUUGGAGACAAAUAGAUUGAACAAUCUUGUUUAUGUUCAAUUCAGUGCUAAUCUAAUGGAAAAAAACAAAAAGAGAAAAGAUAGGACUUUGGAAGUGCUUUUAGCAAAUGAUUCUCACUCGGCUCAAGAAUGGAUUAUAGAUGGAGAUGACGGUGAUGGAGAUGAAGUUGACCUCGAAUCAGUUAUGGAAGCGAUUGAUGAAGCUCUCAAGACUAAUGAUACUCAAGUACCCCAUAAAAGUUCAACAACGAGAGAACUUUACGAUGAAGAUUUCGAAUCCGAGAAUGAGGAGCAAGUGUUUGAAGAAGAUGAAUAUGAGUCGGAUGGAGUUAAAAUAGUGGAAUAA